AUGUCUCCUGCCAGUAGUCAGCGUGCAUGCUUCUUCCCCAAGGCCGACGCUGCUGUCCUUCGCUCACGCCAUGCCGCCCCCACGGCACGACCAACCGAAAUAUCACCCAUUUUUGACACCGACAAUGCCUACAGAGCCCUCGACAUCUGGUCUAUCGAGGUUGCAGAGCGCGUCUAUCCAGAUCGGACAGAUGUCUGGGCGCCAGCAACCAUCCCAGACAGGCCGUCCAUGCAGUGUGCGACCGACAAAUAUCUUCUGCCUAUGCUAACACGCAACGAGAGGCUGCGUCUGACCAUGUUGUUCUACUACACUCGAGGUGCACUUGAGGAUAACGAACUUCAGUCAAGGCUGCAAGAGAAAGUCUACCUGGCAAGGGACACGGUAGGAUGGGAAUUUGUCAUCGCCGGUCUGCUGAACCACAACACUUACACCCGCAUGGUCACAGUCGGCCUUCCUUUGGCUGUGCUACCUCGCCGCGAGAGCACAUGUGCUCACACCGUUAACCAGCCACCAGGCACGGUUUUCACCCUACUCAAUAUGGCAGAGGAUUGGCGGUUUCGAGAAUCACCACAUGUUGACGUGGGCGGUCUUCGCGCCUACGCGGGGUCUCCCCUGCGAUUUGAGACCGAGUAUGGCGAGCAUGUUGCAUUUGGAUCACUAUGUGUUGCGUCGAACACGCCACAAGAACCGCUUUCGAUAGAGCAGCAGCGGUCCUUGGCACGCCUGGCAGAUUGGAUCGUUGCCGACAUUGUUCAUGCUCACAGAUCCAGACGACAAAAGGAGAGACGGCAUAUGAUGGAUCGGCUUGCACAACUACAAGAGCAGUUGAACGCUGAUCGGAAUCUGGAGGAAGCCGUCCAAAACAUGCUUCAAGAAGUCUAUCCUGAGAGUUUAGUCAGAAUCAUGGUAGCGCGAGGGGAGAUGCUCCACCUUGGAGAUGGGACGAGUGUACCAACAACGGAUAUCGAGCAUGGACUCUGGGAAGACAGCGACUACUUCGAGUACAUGAUCGAGAAUUUCAACCACCAAGACCUGAUAGCACCCAGGUCGAUACGGACAAUCAGUUCGCCGUGCUCAGGCCAAAGCACACCAACUUAUGUUAUUGUUGGUUCGAAGGAUUUCCGGCACGUAUUCGACGAUGUUGACGCAUGGUUUGUGCAGAUGUGUGCGACCUUCUUGUGCCGCUAUUGGCAAGACCGGGCGCUCAAGGAGGCUUUGAGAGCCAAAGAGAUGUUUCUGCGCGGAAUCACGCACCAACUUCGGACACCUAUCCACGGCAUCCUUGGAUCGGUCGAUCUCUUGACCGAAGAGCUGAAGUCACGAAACGUAGUCAGCGCUACUGCUGAAUCGACACCAAACGCCACGCCUAGCGACGAGCAGGUCAGCAUGCUGGAUCCCUAUGCAUACAUCAAGGCUAUCCGGACGUCUGCACGAGAACUCAUAUCGACGGUCAACAGCCUCAUCAAGCUCAAUCAAUGGGCUGAUAUUGCAGAAGCCCAACGAGUCGUCGGCGUACAUACAAUCGACGAGAUUGAGGCAGCCAUACUAAACGAGCUGACGUUCUACUUGCCCGAUGACGUCGCCGUGCGACCGACACUCGUACUGAACCAUCGAUUGCCGGAACGCUGCGAUACCAUAUCGUUGGACCUACGCCUUUUCGUCGACUGCAUCCAACCUGUCGUUCUGAAUGCGAUUCAGAACACUAUCGGAGGUAUUGUGGUAGUGACAAUUACUAUCAGUAGAGACUAUCGCUCGCUGAUAGUCGACAUCACGGACAAUGGCUGUGGUAUAAAACCGGAACAUCAAAGGAGGAUCUUUGACGCUUACGAGAAAAUUGACAACCACACCACCGAUGCUGGCCUCGGUCUGACACUGGCUGGGAAGCUAGCCAAUCUGAUGAACGGUUGUGUUUCUCUUGUGUCGUCCGAAGCAGGAAAAGGAUCGCACUUCCGAAUCGCAUUCAAUGACCCUACAUGUGCAUCCUCGCUGUCACCAAUUCGAAAGGAAUACGCACACCUGCCGCCUGUCUUCAACAGGCUCCCUGCAGAUGAUCUGACAUAUUUACCUGGUAUUACCUUUGCAGAGUAUCUCGUUGGACGAGGCUACAUCGAAUCCCCAAACCAUACAGAGGCACUGCUGACGCUGGACUACACACGCGACCUGACGCAGCUCUUCAAGAACACAAAGCAAGUACGCGAAAACCAAGUCGCCAUUUGCCUCGUACCGGAGAAUGACCUAGUGAUCAAUUUCGCUGAGCAGCGAGUCUUGCGGGACAACAAUGUCAUAUACGUGAAAGGACCGUUUACGUCACGUGCAAUCGAGAACACUUUAGCGGAAGCCGACGCCAUUUUUGCCGAGCACGCCGCAGCGAAAGCAGCUCAAACAAGACUGCUCGCAGGUGGUGGCCUUUCUCUCGAACCGACGCCACCAGCAACACCUGCAUGCAGAGACUCGGAAGAUGACCCUGGCUUCCUAACCCCCGGCCUCAUCCGCCGCGGGUCCAUCUUGCCCAAAACGCUUGUGGAGGAAGAACUCACCAAAUCCGUCUCCGCCCUCAACCUCACUGCACAGCCUAGCGCACCACAACCUCAAUCGACCAAACCCCCCCAAUCGACCAAACCCAUGACCCUCCUUGUCGAUGACAACGCGAUCAACCUUCGCCUCCUGGAAAUGUACUGCAACCGACGCUUCAUACCAUACUGCACCGCAACCGACGGAGCCCAAGCCGUGAAACUCUUCGCCGAGCACCGUGCGCCCACCGAUUCUGCACCGAUACCCCCACGCACGCACCUUGAUCCCUUCACCGAAACCACAGCCGGGUCAUCCAUCGCACAUCCGCCGGCUCUGCGGCCCUUCGACCUCGUAUUGAUGGACCUGCAGAUGCCCGUGUGCGACGGCAUCAGCGCAACGAGCCAGAUACGCGCACUGGAGAAAGAGCACGGCUGGGACAAGAGCGUAGUUUUUAUCGUGACGGGCCAGGACAGUCCGCGGGACCGCGCCAGUGCGCAGGACGCCGGCAGCGACGGAUAUCUAGUCAAGCCCGUGGGGCCGAAGGUGCUGGAUCGGGGCGUUAAGCAGUGGUUUCCCCACGCUGAGAUUGGGUAA